AUAAUACAAAUUUAAAAUGACGUCAUUUACCAUCCUGUACAACAAAAUCCGGCCAUCAAAUAUUGCUUGGUAGCGGCCAUCUUGAAUAUUCUGUUGGCAAGUUAUUGAGUUGAGCGGCUGAACAUUUUAAAACAUUUACAGAUCAUGUCAUUUCCAGGUAGAACACCGAUGGGAAUGCCAGGAAUGGGGCCUCGUAUGAUGCCACAAAGCUUUGCUUUUACCCCCAUGACCAUGCCUGGAAUGAUGCCUAUGCAAAUGGGCAUGAUGACUCCAAUGAUGCGACCAAUGAAUAUGAUGACUACUCAGAUUCCACAAAUGCAAAUGCAGCCACAAAUUAAGCAAAACAAGCUUGUGCCCCAAGAAAUUCCAAAGUCUGAAUCAAAAGAAGAAAAGCCUCCUGUGACCACAGUUUUUGUGGGAAAUAUUAGUGAAAGAGCACCAGAUAUGAUGAUUAAACAGAUGCUUCAAAGGUGCGGCAAUGUUCUUAGCUGGAAGAGAGUACAAGGUGCUUCUGGCAAAUUGCAAGCUUUUGGCUUUUGUGAAUACGAAGAACCUGAAGCAACUUUACGGUGUAUUCGGUUACUCAAUGAAUGGCAAAUAGCAGAUAAGAAGCUAAUGGUCAAAGUUGACACUAAAACAAAAACUCUUCUAGAUGAAUAUCGUAAAAAGAAAAAAGGAGCUGAAAGUGCCAAUAAAAAAGAGUCUACAGAAAAUGGAGACUCCAAAGAAGAGAAGGAAGAAGCAGAAGUGAAAAAGGAAAAAGAAGAGGAAACUAAGGAAGAAUCCUCUGAGGAACUAGAUGAAGAUAGUAAACGUGAAGAUAGAGUGGCAUCUGCUGGUCUUGAAGCUAUUAUGAGGGAGUAUGCAUUUGAGUUAGCGAAGGAACCCAUUAAACUUUCUGAACCAGCACAAGAAAAAGAGAAGGUGUUGCCUAAAAAAGAUAAAGAUCUUCUUCUGCAUGCUAAAGACACUGGUUUUGAUGAUAUGGAGAUGGAAGAUGAAAAAAGAGAGAUCAUCAACAGAGAAAUUAAUAAAUUUCGAGAUCGUCACAAGGAUGAUGAUGAAGAUAAAGAGAAAGAAAGCAAAGACAGAGAACGUAAUUUACUUAGAGAAAGAGAGCAAAGGCGCAUGGAAGAGAAGAGACAGAGGGAACGGAUGGAAAGGCUCAGAGAACAAAGAGACAGGGACAUAACCAGAGACAGGGAUAGAGACAGAGCCAGCACAAGAAUUUCACGCUCCAGGUCACGAUCUGUAUCCCCAGCACCAAGAUCCAGAAAGCGAUCAAGGUCCAGAGAAAUGACCAGCAGGGAUAGAUCAAGGGAAAGACGUAAAGAAAAAGAAAUAGAAGAGGAAGAAGAGGCAUACGAAAGAAGGAAAUUGGAGAAAAAAUUGCGUGAAAAAGAAGCAGCCUAUCAAGAGAGACUGAAAAAUUGGGAAAGCAGAGAACGAAAAAAAUCCAGAGAAUAUGAAAAAGAAAAUGAACGUGAGGAGGAAAGAAAAUCAGAAGAGGCUAGAGAAGCAAGGAGGUUAAAGGAGUUUUUAGAGGACUAUGAUGAUCUUCGUGAUGAUCCAAAGUUCUACAAGGGCAGUGGGCUGAUGAGACGAUUAAAAGAGCGUGAGAAAGAAAAAGAAUUGGAUAAUAGAGAUAGACAGCGAGAAAAGGAGGAGUUUGAGGAAAUCAAAAGGAAGCUUUUUGAUGAAGGCCACCCUGAUGCUGAAACUGAAGUUGCCAGGAUGGAGAGAGAAAGAGAAGAACAUCUGCUGCCCCGACUACACUUACAGGAAAUCAAACAACAGCAGCAGCAGCCACCACCCCCACCUCCUGUUGUUGCUGAAUCAGACUCUGAGCCAGAACCUAUACCGGAACCUCCUAAACCUAUAGCUGAUUCUCCUAAGCAGCGAAACCAUCAUCAAGCAAUCUCCAAUCCCCCACAACAUGUUGUUGCUGAACCAAAGCGCUCUCCGUCCUUAUCAACAUCACCAAUAUCCACAGAUUCCAGAAUUAGUGCACCAGGUUUGUUUAUGGAUGAAUCUUCGCAGUCAUCUUUACCCGGUGCAUUGGUUUCUACUGCUCGCUCACGUGAUGAAAUUGGCAAUGUAGCUGCUAGGAUCAAAUUAGGACCAAGUGUAAGUCCAGAUUCCUCCAGCUUACCUGGCACCUCUAUACAGUUAGAUGGCAAGCGCAAAAAGUUUACCAUUGGGGACGUAUUUAAUCAAGAUGAUGAUGACAAUAUGGAACCCAAAAAGAGAAAGUUAAUACCUUUGGAUUAUGACGACGACAAAUCUGCUGGCGGAGAUAAGAAGGCUACAGCGGAGGAAAAGCGACAGAAAAUCAAAGAGUUGAUCGAAAGCAUUCCUACUGCAAAGGAAGAAUUGUAUGCCUACACUGUUGAUUGGGAUAUUGUUGAUCAGAAUUUAAUGGAUAAAAGAAUCAAACCUUGGGUGAACAAAAAAAUUAUUGAAUACAUUGGAGAGGAGGAACCAACAUUGACAGAGUUUAUAUGCCAUAAAGUUGUUGCCAGGAGCACACCUCAGAGUAUACAAAAUGAUGUUGCUAUGAUUCUUGAUGAAGAAGCAGAAGUAUUUGUUGUUAAGAUGUGGAGAUUGUUGGUCUAUGAAACUGAAGCCAAAAAGCUGGGACUUGUCAAAUAGAAAUCUUUUACAUGAGAGAUUGUUUUCUUUUAAUUAUAAACAACUUAUUUUAUUAAAAAAUCCUAUGUUAGCUGCAUGAAAAUAUGCAGGGUAUGAUUGGGAAGAAUGUUUAAAGAUGUGUAUGUAAGACUACUAUGGUGUGUAAUAUUCAUGUUUUUAUGUUUAAUUGAAAUGUUCAAUGUACAUACAGAUAUAUUCCCCUUCCUAUGUUGAUUAAUACCAUCAUGCAAUGUUUAGUCAAUAAACCUGGAAGAGCUCUUA